GGGGCAGUCCAACAUAAAUAACUGCCCACACAGGAGAUUUGAUUGGAGUGUGUCCAGGGGUAUGUGGGACGGGCGCGCAGCCAAGUAUUAUGUAAGCCAGUUUUGAUAUUUUGGAGGGUGGAGACCGGCAACUGUGACUGUGAGGCUGGAGUUUAACCAUACAAACAUUGCAACACUUUUACCUCGAUCGAGUAUCCGUCGUACUACUACAUCAACAGGCUCAAGCCAACAGUGGAUGAUAACCAUCACGGUCCUUUCGAAGACAUUCCGACCCGAAAAAAGCUUACUAUCGAUUCGGACCAGCUAAUCACAACUAGCAGCUACAGCAAUACCUACCUCGUUACCCCCUCGUUACCCCAUCGCCCAUCUUUGGAAUCCGCUUGGAAUGGAAUCGUUAGCCUUACUGACCACCCUGUCGAGCCAAGAUAAAGAAUCCAUCUUGAGUCUUGCCACAGAUUACCAGGCUGGGAACGUCUUUGGGGGGAGCCAAUCUGGUGAUAUUCAUGUUUGGUCCCUGCGCACUUUUUUCCCUGUUACCCGUUUGGUCGGCCAUCAGUCUUCAGUUCUCUGCUUGACGAUCUCUAUCGAACGGUCGCUGCUUUUUUCUUCGUCGGGAGAUAAUACCGUCAGAGUAUGGGACACAAAUCAAUUCGGAAAUGCCCUCUUUGUCGUCAAGCCGCCUAUCGACAGCUGUGGUGAUGUCCUCAGCCUGGUUUGGUGUAAUCAGCUGAGCAUAUUGUAUUUGGGAUGUCAAGAUACUUCAAUCCAAUGGAUUUGCUUACCCCAAUCGAUGACUACUCGUGCCACUGAUUCCGUCAAGGGAGACUCUCUCUGUGGUUCUACGGUCUUGAUGCGAUCAACCUCAUCUGCCCCCCCAAUGGAACAUUGCGUUAGCGCACCAGUCAGAAGCCAUAGUAUCCCAGCCGGCCCAUUGUCUCAGGAUGGUCUUCACUUCGUCCACAGUCCAGCCGGUCUUUCACCCAACCCACAGUCUGGUCGAUCGGUCCAUCACAAAUUCUUCGAUUCCAUGUCCCAAUCUGAACUGCUCAAGGCUGCUCGACGUCGGGAAAGCAAUAGCCUUCAAUCGCCACUCUUGCAUAUACUCUCACCCGAACUUUUCGCAGAAUCUCAGAACAAGCUACGCGAUUCAUUGGAAGACGUCUGCAGUGUCGACGGUCAUCAAAAGGAAGACGGAAGCGAAGUGCUGUUCAUAGAUAAUAAGGAUUCUGUUACUUAUGCCCACUUUGGUUAUAUAUAUUGUCUUUUAUUGAUUAGCUUGAACGACCAACUUUUACUGAUUUCUGGCUCGGGUGACUCGACAAUCAAAGUUUGGACGCUUGAUCCUCAAACAGGCGCACUGAAUCCCAACUUCAAACUACUCUCAGCUGUCUCAUCCAGCCAUCUUGCACCCAGCACAGCUUCCCCCCAGUCCUCUGAAGAUCUCGGGGCAGUACUCACCCUAGCCACUUAUGGCUCGACGCUUUACUCAGGCUAUCAGGAUGGAGUGAUCAAGAUCUGGGACCUCGAUACCUUUACCUGUAUCAGAACCCUUUUCCAUCGGGGAUCUGCUGAUCAGCUUCAUCCAAGCUCAAAGGACUCAGAUGAUGUCUUGACCAUGACGGUACUUGACAAUGGAGAACUAUUUUCCGGUUGCUCCAGUGGAGUAAUAAUUAGAUGGGACUCGUCCUUUCAAAGGGUUCUUAAAUGGCAAUCACAUCAAGGAAGUGCACUAGCUUCAUGCUUCGUCCUGCACCAAGGUAAGAGGCUUUUGCUGACAGGUGGUAGUGACAACUGCAUAAAGAUUUGGGAUGUAUACCACACCGAGGCUAGCGUGCCUAGGCUAGUGACGGAUGAUCCGGAAAUCAAGGACCAAGCGGGCACAGCAAUGGCUUUUCAAGAUCGGAUGUUCAGACACCUCAGUCAGUUCGUUUCAUAUAGAUCGAUUAGCAACGAAGAACAUCGCGAAGAAUGUAGACAAGCUGCUCUUUACCUCAAAACGACACUGGUCAAAUUGGGUGCCGACGCGCGACUGUUACCUGGUGAUCCUGGCCGGAACCCUCUAGUUUUAGCAACAUUCAAGGGGAAAUCUUCCACCGAAUCACCCACUACCAAAACACGCAGACGGCGAGUUUUGUAUUAUGGACAUUAUGAUGUCGUUCAAGCUGGUGAUGAAAAGGAUUGGACGGCGCCUGCAUUUGUGAUGACCGGUCACAAUGGGUGGCUCUACGGCCGAGGUGUCACGGAUAAUAAAGGUCCCACCUUGGCUGUUGCUUACGCAGUUACCGCUUUACUAGAUCAGAGAUCUUUGGACGUCGACGUAGUCAUGUUAGUCGAAGGAGAAGAAGAAGCCGGAAGUGCCGGCUUUCAAAAAGCCGUCAAGGAAAAUAAAGAACUUAUUGGUCAUAUUGACGUCGUGUUGGUCAGUAACUCUUAUUGGCUGGACGAUGAAACUCCUUGUAUGACAUUUGGAUUGAGAGGGGUGAUCCAUGCUACAGUCAAGGUGACUAGCUCACAGCCAGACUUGCACUCGGGUAUGCAUGGAGGUGCUGUACAUGAGCCGGUCUUAGAUCUGGUGAGAAUCUUGGGGGAUUUGGUUGGUAAAGAUGGUAAGAUCCGUUUGGAUGGCUUUUACAAGGGCGUCAGGCCCAUUGACACUGAGGAGCAGAAACUUUAUGAUCGGAUUGUUGAACAUAUCUCCAACUUCGCAAACGUCGAGCUACUCAAGCAUUCCCCAAUCACAAACAUUCGUGAAAACUUGAUUGCCAAGUGGAGGCAACCAUCAUUGAGUAUACACAAGAUUGAUGUUACAGGGCCAGCUCAUGCCACGGUCAUACCCGCGUCAGCUCAAUCAGCUGUCUCGAUUCGGAUUGUACCGGAUCAAUCGUUGGAAGAGAUCAGCAGCUCAUUGGUAUCAUUCUUGAAAGAAGCGUUUGAACAUCUAAAUUCAAGCAAUACCCUAGAGGUCAAAAUCAAUCAAACCGCCGAUUGGUGGUUGGGACAUCCUCAAGAUUUGCAUUCGAUGGCUCUGGCUGAAUGUGUGGAAGAGGAAUGGGGAACCAAGCCGCUAUGGAUCAGAGAAGGCGGAUCGAUUCCUAGUAUCCCAUUCUUAGAACAAGAAUUCAAUGCUAAGGCUAUUCAUCUUCCCAUGGGAUCAGCUUCCGAUUCGGCUCAUUUACCCAACGAAAGGAUCAAGAUGGUCAAUCUAGAAAAAGGAAAUCAUGUAGUAGCCAAUUUCUUGAAAAAAGUGGCCCUAAUCUAACUCGAAAACCCCCAAAUGUAAAUGAUCACCCACAUUCUCCCCCCCCCCUUUUUUUCCCCCUCUUAUCUUAAUUUUUUUCUUUUUGAUUCUCGCUCAUAUAUAUAUAUAUAUAAAUAUAUAGAUAGAUUUCGAGUGUCAUGGAUGGAAUUUCCUCUUUUUUGCAUACAUACAUACAUACAUACAUCAUUUCACCUUAGUCAACCCUCCAAUGUAUUUUUAAUUUCGAUCGAGAAUUUCUUUUCUUUUUUGGUUUUCUCCCCGGUAUACAUACAUAUAUUCAUAUGUUCAUCCUUCCUCCACACAUACACACCUUAAUUUUUGAUGUUCUCUUGCAAUCAUUUCUAUAGAUAUACAUAUGAAUUUCCAUUGCUACUAUCUAUGUAAGUCACCUGAACUCGAAUCUGCAUGAAGUUUAAUGAUCAGUACCUCUUUUCACAAGUCUCACCCAAGGACAUAAUUGGAGAUUUUUUUGGAAGCCUUAAUCCGGCUCGGAACUUCAUCACGCAAAGAUACAUCAGGGGCU